AGUCCCUUCGGCCAACGUCAUCAAAUCCCCACAACACCGAUCUUCGAGCUUCCUUGGACAAUCGGAUCACUUCAUCUAUCCAUACCAGCACAAGAAGAAGCAAAAAAAAGUGAAGGAUCAUGGAGUGCUCGUUUGGAAUCACUGGAAAGGACUACGUGAUCUUUGCAUCCGAUUCGUCGGCCAAUCGAAGCAUAGUCAGGAUGAAGGCCAACGCAGACAAGCAGAAGGUCGUCUCGAAACAUGUCGUGAUGGCGUACUCUGGAGAGCCAGGUGAUACCGUCCAAUUUGCCGAGUAUGUGGAACGUAACUUGCGCCUGUAUGGUAUUAGGAAUCAUGUCGAUCUUUUACCUCACGAGGCCGCCUCCUGGACUCGCAACCAGCUAGCCUCUUCGCUGCGGUCCCGGAACGCCUACUCGGUGAACCUGCUCCUGGGCGGCUUCGACACUGCCGAGGCGGUGCCGUUACUCUACUGGAUCGACUAUCUGGGCACGAUGGCCCAGGUGCCUUAUGCCGCCCACGGCUAUGGGGCUUAUUUCUGUCUCAGUACGAUGGAUCGCUUCCAUCGUCCCGAUAUGGACCUCCAACAGGGCUUGGAAUUGCUCAAACGAUGCAUCGAUGAACUCAGCACUCGAUUUAUCGUCAACUUGGGUACCUUCAAGGUACGCGUUGCUGACAAAGAUGGGGUCAGAGAAGUCACAUUAUAGCCUGUACAAUCUCCAAGAAUGUCCUAAAUACAAGAUUCUCAAAUUUGUGUUAUUCAUAUCAAAAAUUUUUGGCUGGUUGAACUUGUGAUCGCAAAACUUUGGAGCCAGCGAUUUGCACAACUUGUCCCGCUCAGCCAACGCUGCUGUAGAAUUUUUUUUUUUAAGACUCAUCUUAAGUCUUCUUGAUUGACCGUUGGAAUUGGUCUUAAACGAGUUAGUUGCGGAGCGUUCAGGGACUUGAAGUUCGGCUCAUUACUGUCUCACUGGCGUGCAGACUCCGCGUGUAUACUAAAUGCAUAAGAAGUAUAUAUUUGUUGUGAUAGCAAAGGGUUCUCCAUCGUGACUGAA